CAAUGCAUUUGGCCUUGUACAAAAGUCUGAGUCUGACUCUAGCUUUCAUUCCACAAACACCACAUUAUGGCAGAUUUAUCAUCAUCUUCUAGCUCAUCUUCCGACUCCUCUUUUCAAUCAUGGACCUAUGACGUUUUUCUUAGUUUUAGAGGGGAAGAUACUCGCGACACUUUUGUGCAUAAUCUCUACUCGGCUCUUGAAGAACUACAUAUAAAUACUUACAAGGACGACAGAGCAAUUCCACCAGGCGAAACCAUUGGUUCAUCACUGUGUGAAGCUAUUAGCGAAUCAAGUAUUUCUGUCAUUGUAUUCUCAGAAAACUAUGCUGAUUCUUCGUGGUGCUUGGACGAGCUUGAAUAUAUUAUGAAAUGUAAGCAUGAGAGAGGGAUCAUAGUUAUGCCAAUAUUCUAUCAUGUUGAUCCAUCAGAAGUGCGACAACAAACAGGGAAAUAUGGAGAUGCAUUAGUCAAACAUAUGUCCCGAAACAACAGCAAAAUUGAAGAAUGGAGGAAUGCACUUGUAGGUGCAAGUAAUAUUUCUGGAUGGGUAAUAAAGCACAAUGGGCAUGAAGCAAAAGGCAUCCAAGAAAUUGUUGAUGCAAUUUCAAGUAGAUUGAUUCCCACGUCAAUCUCAUAUAGCAAUGAAGACCUCAUCGGGAUAGAGACCCGUUUACAAGAUUUGAAAUCAAAGUUAGAAAUUGAGUCCGGAGGUGUUCGCAUAGUUGGAAUAUGGGGAGUUGGGGGUGGUGGUAAGACUACUCUUGCAAAUUCUGUUUAUAAAGAAAUCUCCAACAAGUUUGUUGGUUGCUGCUUCUUAGAGAAUAUUCGUGAGGAAUCAAAGCAUGGUUUGGAGAGACUUCAAGAAAAAGUUAUAUGUGCCGUUUUGAAACAAAGGCACAUAAAAGUAGAUGGAGUUGAGGAAGGAAGACAGAUGAUAAUGAAUAGGUUAUGUCAUAGAAAAGUCUUGAUUGUCCUUGAUGAUGUUGAUCACGUUGACCACCUAAAGGCUUUAGCCGGAUCGCAUAGUUGGUUUGGUGAAGGGAGUAGAAUAGUAAUCACAACCAGAGAUGAGCAUUUACUAAAUGUACACAAAGUAAAUGCAAUUCACAGUAUUAGAUUGUUGAAUAAUGAUGAAGGAAUUAAGCUCUUUCGCAAACAUGCACCUCAGAAUCACCGACGUCCUAUAAAAGAUUAUGGGUUACUUUCAAAAAAAUUGGUUUCUUAUGCUGGUGGACUCCCUUUAGCGCUCGUAGUUCUAAGUUCUUUUCUUUCUGACAAAGACACGAAUGAGUGGGUAAGUGCCUUAGCCCGGCUAAAAGAGAUCCCUGAAACCGAUAUUUUAGGAAAGUUGAAAAUAAGUUUUGAUGGGCUUAAACCAGUAGAGAGAGAGUUGUUUCUAGAUAUUGCAUGUUUUUUUAGGGGAGAAAAGAAAACUGAUGCAAUGGAGUCACUUGAUUCUUGUGGUUUUUAUCCGGUUAUAGGAGUAAAAGUGCUGAUACAAAAGGCUCUCAUUACCAUAUCAGAUGGAAAGUUUGAUAUGCAUGAUUUGAUACAAGAAAUGGGACACUACAUUGUUAGAGGAGAAAAAAUCAGUAAGAAUCCUGAAGAGCAUAGUAGAGUUUGGCAAGUGGAUGAAGUUGACAACAUAUGUUCUAUGGAUUUAACAACGGAACUUGACAAGAUUGAAGCGAUAAGAAUUAUUUCCGAUAUGUCUGACUCUGAUACAUUGCCAGACAGUAAUCAUCAUGUUGUUUCAAAGAUGAAAAAUCUUAGGUGGAUUGAUUGGAAAGGUCAUCAAGCAAAUUCCUUACCCACAAAUUUUCCACAAAGGAAGCUUUGUUGUCUAAUCAUGAGUAGCGGCCAACAAAAACAACUUUGGAAUGGCAAUAAGAAUCUACCAAAUUUGAAGAUGAUCAAACUUCAUGGAUUAACCAACCUAAUCAUGACACCAGAUUUUCGUGGACUUCCAAAUCUUGAAAGAUUUAUUGUUCAUAAUUCUCCGUGUUUAGAAGAGAUUGAUUCGUCAAUUGAACGCUCAAAAGCACUUGCUUUCUUACUUAUUACACGUUGUGAUCAUUUAAAGACGAUUCCAUCCAUUUCCGGGAUAAAGAAACUUAAGACUCUUUCGCUAUCAAAGUGUGGCAAACUUUCCAAGAGUCGGAAUGAAGUUGCAUCGUUAUCACAAUAUGUAACAAGCUUUUUAUUUCGCAGUGGCAUAAACCAUGAAGGGUUACAAUUUAUUAGCAAAAGCUUAACAAAGUUGGUUCUUAGCAGUUGCCAUUUGGGAGAUGAAGAUAUAAUUAGCUCUAAUGUAUGGGAUUUAUCCAACCUGCAAGAACUAGAUCUAUCACUAAAUGACUUUACAAGGCUAAGUUUUGACCUCUUGCAACUUCCACGGCUUAAAUGGCUUGAUGUUUCACUUUGCAACCGUCUCGUGGAGCUGUUAGAGCUCCCAUCCAGCAUCGCGGUUCUUAGAGCUGAUUAUUGUUACUCACUUGAUACUCUUGGAAAUAUUUCAAAUUGCAAAUGGUUAUGGAAAGUCUCAUUUUUUGGCAAGAAUAAACUAGACCCUGCUGUUGAUAAAUUAAUCCUGGAUUCCAUGCUACAGGGAAAUGCGGUCAAACAUCAUUUUAUGAGUCUAGCUCUUGAACACCGAGUUCUAAAGCUGUAUGAAGAGAGCGUCGUUGAUGAAAGUAAAUGUAUAUUGUGGGUUCCAGAUAAUUGGUGCAAUGACUUUUCCGGGUUCUUAAUACAUUGUGUUAUUGAGCAUCAGGAACCCAACGUUACGAUCAUUAUCGAGCAGGAAGUGGUGCAGCUAGACAAGGAAGAGGGUAAUCAUCAAAACGAGUCAUCAGUGAGUCGACAUCCUCCAACAUAUAUAGGAUAUAUUUCCUUCACUUCAUUGAGGCACACCACAUGGUGGAAUCCAGCAUUCAGUGUGAUUUCCUUUUCCUUAGGCGGUACUAAGUUUGAAGUCGAACUCGUUCCUAAGACAGGUAAAGGUAGUCAUUACGUUGAAACAACAGAAGACACGACAUCGGAUUGCUCAGAAUUUUGGGACGGGGAACGAGAAGAUAGAAAAACGUUUACGAUUCAACAUGAUUCGAAAACCUCUAUCAACCUCUUGUGGUGCCCAUGCUGAACCUCAUUGGAUUCUUAAAAAUCAUGGAUCUUUGGGUUUUAUUGGUUCCAAUUCUAAUAUCAUCAUGACUAGUAGUUUUUUAAGACGUUGUAGUUUUGCUUAAUUAAUUAGGCUUUGAUUUCUAGUUUCUAUUCUUUCCCAAUGACUAAUUACCUAUCAUUUUUAUCUAAUAAAGAUUGCUAAUAAAGAUUUUAUCUAAUAA